AUCUGAGACAAAAUUAUUUCUCUUACUAGCUUUGUCGCAACCGAGUGUGUUGGUGACUGCGAAAGUCGAUUAAAUUGAUUUCUCGUUUGAAAGUCAACAUGAGUGCGGCCAUGCUUUGUGAAUCCAUCUGGGUCGACAGGCCUAAAUAUGAGGAGGCAGAAGCACAUUAUCAAAGAUUUCUCGCCGGAACUGUCGGCGGAUCACAUGGCACAGAGAAAAAGGGUUCAAGCUUUUCUCCAGUCCAAGAGAUAGCAAAUGCCCGUAAAAAAAUCCAACAGACUCUAAACACGGCUCUAACUUCCACAACGGCUUCUGCUGGAGGAAAUAAUCGUAUUGCUCAGUUAGAGGAAGAAAACCGUGAACUUAAGAAAGUCACUGAAGAAUUCAAGACUGCCCUUCAGAAGCUCACACUACGAGUUGAUCAACUUGAAAAAGGCAAUAAACCACAAGGAUCAAGUCAGCCAUCAAAACCUCAGAUGAAGGAGGAAUCCAAGGAAGAUGAAGAUGAUGAGGACUUUGACUUGUUUGGCUCAGAUGAUGAUGAAGAUGAAGAGGAAGAUGAGGUCACAAAAGAAAGACUGGCACAAUAUGCAGCUAAGAAAGCAAAAAAACCAGCACUAAUAGCAAAAUCAAAUAUCAUAUUGGAUAUAAAACCGUGGGAUGAUGAAACAGAUAUUGCUGCCAUGGAAAAGGCUGUUCGUUCAAUUGAAUGUGAUGGAUUGGAGUGGCAAGCAAGUAAGAUUAUGCCUGUAGCAUAUGGCAUCAAAAAACUUCAGAUCUCUUGUAAGGUUGAAGAUGAGAAAUGUGGUACAGAUUUCCUUGAGGAAAAAAUCACAGAGAUUGAAGAUUUAGUUCAAAGUGUAGAUGUCGUGGCUUUCAACAAGCUCUGAACUACUGAAUUAUGCCUGUGAAUUUACGCAGCAAUCGAAUAAACUUCAUUUAAAUCCAA